UUGUGUGUGUGGAGUGCGGAGGGUGUGUAGUGGUUGACAGUUCUGCAGCGAAAUGUCAACCCAUUGAACUGUAGAUGUUUACGUUUUCCCAGUUGUAUUUCAUAGAAAAUACGUGCAAAAGUUGCAAACGGUCCUUUUCGUAAACAAACCGAAGUUAUUUAAUCGAAAUUUCAAAAAGUGUACGGUUCGUGACGACCCAGCUGACGAAAUAAUUGCAAUCAUCCCCAAAUCCAGUGAGUCGGGAACGCUCUGGUAGUACAGUUCUGCACCACUGACUUGUCGGAAUGUCAAAUCUCUAACAACGAAACAAUUCUGACAUUUCAUUAAAGAAGUUUCCACUUCAGCAAUGGGGGUGCCAAGCUAUGACGCGCUCCGAAAACAGGCCCGACACCUGGAAAACGAGGUCGACCUAAAAUUGGUGGCUUUCAGCAAGGUAGGCGCAGGUACAAGUGGCAGUGGCGGAAUCCACGGAGCUGAUACUUCACCCCUUCUUGGCGAACAUGUUUUCGACUCACUUUCCGCGGAAAUUGGACAAAUGCUGGACAGGCUUUCGGAGAUCAAUGAAUCAAUGGCCGAGAUUCCAUCGUCCGGAACUGCAAUGAUGCACACACUACAACGUCAUCGAGAAAUUCUUCAAGGCUAUCGGCAAGAAUUCAAUAAGAUUUGUGCGAAUCAUACAACACGCAUUGAGCGGGAGGAGCUGCUGAGGGGAUCUGGCAUCGCAACUUCCAGUACAGCGUCCUCGGGGCUGAGUCGUCGCGAUAUGUACUUGAAGGAAAGUGCCCAUUUACACAAUUCGAGCGGUUUAAUCAACGAUCAAAUCAGCAUCGCAAUGGAAACCAAGGAGCAUUUACUAUCGCAGCGGCAUGCCUUCAAACGUUUGCAGACCCGUUUCAAUGAUAUAUCGAAUCGAUUCCCGGUUAUAUCCAGUUUAAUGCAGAGAAUCAACAUUCGAAAGCGACGAGAUUCACUGAUUUUAGGUGGUGUAAUUGCUGUUUGUACGAUUCUAUUAAUAUUGUACGCUUUCCACUAAACGAGAGGUGAACGUGUCUAGUUUUGUGUGUCUAUUUCACGUAAAUGGGUAACGAAGCAUUAACGAAAGCAGGUCUGGGCGAAAGAAAGUCUUCAAUUGUUACUUUUUAGACAAGUAAAGUGGAUGGAAAUAAAUAUCUAAAUAUAUGAUGAUAUGUAACAAUAAAUAUUAAUUUGUGAUAAA